CUAUCUAUAAAGAGACUAUUUUCUCUCCCUUGUCAAUUGUUGAGAAAUGGCUUUCCUACUGAGUCUUCUUCUUGGCGUUUAUUUAGCUCCAUUAGCUCUUUCAGAUCUUAUCAUUUAUGUCCAGCCAGAGGUCAUAUCGCCAGUGUUCACAUUGCAACUUGUGAUCAACUGUUCUGUAACUAACAACCAAGUUCCAAACAUUGAUAUCAUCAAAUCUGUAUCACUGUCACGUUAUAACGAAACGAUCAAAGACUUUUAUGUUCUUCUGUCACUGGACACUCAAACUUUCAAUCUCCAACAAUUUGUUCAGUUCAGACAUGCGCAAGUUAGUUUUGGAAAUCUUUUCCUUUCCUUGACUGUCUACAAUCCUGUUCAGUCUGACGCUCAAGCUUACAGAUGUAAUGUUGAUGGAGAUAACUCUGUUCUGAAUAAUGUUUCCAUGAAAGCCAAGAACGGAGUGAGAUAUGAACCAAAUGUCACAGCAUUGAUUGAAAAAAUCACACGAUUAAUGAUAUCCGAAGAAAAAGAAAAAUGCUCUUCGAAGAAUGUAGGGCUUUCAGAAUACAAUAAUAUAAGAUCAAAACUUCAUUUCGUUGGAAGUUCUGAAAUUGUAAAAGAACUCAUAGAACCCUUGACAGUCAAAUGUUCUUUUCCGGCUUCAAACGAUAGUUAUUUUCAAGAUUCAGUUCUUCGGUCUAUGUACAUACUUCACGAGACCAAUGGUGUUAUUGCGACUAUAUCUAGAGAUCAACCUGUUACCGAAUCUGGACAAAACCUGAGCUCCAAUACAAUACAAGGCGAACUCUAUCACAACUUGUCUAAAGAUUCCUAUCUUCAAGUCACAUGGCAAAAUAUGAACUUGUCCGACUCUGGGAAAUAUUUUUGCGGUGCCCAUGUCAACUAUUUACUCGGACAAAAAGACAGAUUUCAGGAGCAGUUAGUCAUUUCUGUACAAAGACCAACUUUUGAUGAUUUGGUCAAAGUUGUUUAUGAUUUGCAGAGAGAAGUUGGUGAAGAAAAACAGAGGCGAGAAAUUAGCGAACGAAACGUAAUGAAUUUUCAUGAAGAGUUCAAGGUUCAUCAGAAAAAUAUGACGAUUGUAAAGGAAGAAUUAAAAAUCAAUCAACAAAAAAUUGAAAACGUUAAAGAGGACGUGAAAAUCAAUCAACAAAACAUCGAAAACGUUAAAGAAGAUGUGAACAUCAAUCAACAAAACAUCGACAAUGUUCAAGAAGACGUGAAAAGAAAUAAAAAAGAUGUAAAAAUCAAUCAACAAAAUAUCGAAAAUAAUAAAAAAGAUGUAAAAAUCAAUCAACAAAACAUUGAAAAUUUUAAAGAAGAUGUGAAAAUCAAUCAACAAAACAUUGAAAAUGUUAAAGAAGACCUGAAAAUCAAUCAACGAAAUCUUACCAGCUUGAAAGAGACAAUAGAUUUAUUACAAUACAAUCUUUCAAAUUAUGAAGGAAAAACAAAUUAUAAAUCUCUAUUACAAGAAUUCCAGAAUACUUUAUAUCUACCGGAGUCGUGUCGUGGCAUCAUCCAUGAGAAAGAACGCGUGGUGGUGACAUUAGCUUCCUGGUUAAAGGUAUUGUGUGACACCAAGACAGACGGCGGUGGAUGGAUCAUCUUUCAGAGAAGAAUCAACGGAAAAGUAGAUUUCUAUAGAGGCUGGAAGGAGUAUCGUGACGGCUUUGGAGAUUACGACAUUGGUGAAUUUUAUCUGGGAAAUGAAAAUAUUUUUAAAUUAACUUCUACUGGACAAUAUGAUUUAAGAAUUAAUUUAGAAUUUAACAACACAAAAUACUUUGCGCAAUACAAAGACAUUAAAGUAUUGAGUGAGACUGAGAAAUAUAAACUGAAGAUAGGAACAUAUUCAGGAAAUGCUGGAGAUGACUUAUCACCUCAUAACAACAUGUACUUUAUUACUUUUGAUAGAGAUAACGAUAAUGACAGUACCGUAAACUGUGCAGAACGUUAUUCAGGUGCCUGGUGGUAUAAAGGUUGUCAUGAUUCUAAUCUAAAUGGUCAAUGGGGUACAUUAUAUGCCAAGGCAAUGAACUGGUAUCAAUUAACUAGACGGUCUAAAAGUGUUUCUUAUAGCGAGAUGAAAAUAAGAGAAAAAAAAUAAAACGUACAUUUGGAUCAACAGUCAUACCCCAGAAAGUAAAGGAGACGCCCCUCCCUCCCCAAUAAAAAAAAAUAAAUAAAAUUAGGGGAUACUAAAAUGAAGUUUGUAAAAAAAAAUAUUAAAAAUAAAGCACAUCUUAGUUUUGAA